AUGUCACCACCAUCAAGUGCAAGUAAUAGGCGACAUCGACAUCGCUUGUCAAGUAAUUAUCGCAGUCGAGCAAACGAUCACACAAAUGGAUUCAGCGUUCACUCCAAGGAGGAUGAUUUGGAUGUAAAGUGUGGGAAUUUUUUACCCGGAGGUGUGGAGGGGCUUCCAAAUAAAGAUUCAACAAUAUUAAGUGCCAGAUAUGAUGCUUUUCCGGUUUUUGAAUGUUUUGCAAUGGAGAUUAAUAGUUUGGAUGCGAAGAAGAAAUUGUACAGUGAUUUGCGGAUUGGUGAUGCAUUGUGCUUCCGAAUCCGGCGUGUCGAGCUUGCUGGUAUCUAUGCUGAGCCUAUUUGUACAUUAUAUUCAUUUCGACGAAGUUUAAAAUGGAUUAAUGAUUUUCAAGUUUUACUGGAGCGAAAUCUACAAAAUGGACAUGAUUACCGACCGAACGAUUUGAUCAAAGUUUUGGUAGUUGGCGUUGAUGAAGAAACGAAAAUUCCAGUUUUUGCUGUAGAAGAAGAUGCGGGUCUUCUGACAGAAGCUGAAUUGCCGACCUACUUCAGGAAUGGUGAAGAAAUUGGAACCAAAACUUUCGACGAAUAUUUCAAAGACUAUUCUCCAGCCACUAAUCCUAAUCUCGCAACACUGUUUGGUGUAGAGACCGACUUAGCCAUUUCGUUUUUGCAUGAAUUAAAAGAUACGGAUUUUUCGUCAAGGCAUCGUGCUUCUUACAUCCGUCGUAAGCAAAAUGAAGAUCUUUCAAUGAGUAUUGCCAAAAAGGGUGUUGAUAAGAUUCGAGAAGGCGAAAAUGCUGUUGCUGUGCAACAUUUCAACAAAGCACUUACCAUUUGUGAAAAAAAUAUUGAAGCACUAGUUGGCAGAGCAGCUGCAUAUGCCAAUAUGGGACAGUAUAAUUUGGCAGAAACAGACUUAGAUGCAGCUUUGACUAUGAAUGCAUCGCAUACGAAUGCAAGAAAUUAUAUGAUCGAAACACUAUUACAAGAAGCUAAAAGAUUAGAAGAAGCUGGUAAAAAAGAUGAAGCAAAGGCGAAGUACGAGAAAAGUUUGACCAUAAAAGAUGAUGAACGCGCAUUAAAUGGUUUAAGAAAUCUGGAACGAAGUCCAUCGGUUGAGACAAUUAAAAUGAAGAGCGAUAGUGCCAAAAUGAGGGAUCGCAAAACGGAACAUUCAAGAACAGCUGAUAAACAACAACGAAGAAGGCGUCGAAGAGAUGCAGAAAAGCUAGCCGAAUAUGAACGGUUUAUUGCAGAGCUCAAAUCGAAGAAGCCUUAUUUGCUGGAAGCUGUAAUGAUUGUUGAACGAAUAGAAGCAGGCCGAUGUCUGUGUAUUCAUGCUCAAUUGCAGGCUGUUGAUACUGUUUUACAGUUUUUAUUGUAUCAACGUGGUAUCAUACCAACUGUUGUAACUCAACUACUUUCAACCAUUGAAUCACGCAAUGAAAUUAAAUUUGUUGAAACAUAUGGGAAGAUUAGAGAGGCAUUGAAAGAGUUAUUCUGCAGCUGUAAUCGUCGUGCACUUCAUGAAGUCGUUAUAAUUAUUGGUGCAUCAUGUGCAUUACCACAAGAAAUUUAUCAAAUACCCAUUAAAGUGUGUGAUUCAUCUGAAUCAGAUCCUUCACACUGUGGUGAAAAUUGUGCUGAAUUAUUUCCUAGUGAACAGCGUAGGAUAUCAUCAUCACUGAUAGUAAGUUCAAAUUUGAGUACUACGCGAAAUAUUACUCGAAAUACACGUGUUUGCAUUUUGGUGCGUGGGACUUCUGCUCUUAAAUUUCCGGAAGAACUUGUUCAAAAUGACGAUGGUUUUGAGUUACCGGAAGAUGAAGUGUUAGCACGACGAAAGAUUUAUUCAGUGAGAUUUGUUCUAAAACACCUUUGCGUCCAGGAUGUUGUCGCAGUCAAUAAAUCUGAUACAGCUUGGUUCCGUCUUUCACCGAUUAUCCAGGCAUUCAGCUAA